UUUUGACACCUGGGUAAUGUAGUCCACACACCGGUUACUUGUGUGGACUAUUGCUAGUGGAAAAAUACAUUAUCCAGCGGCGGCCACUGUACGAUUAAGCACAAGAUACGCAAGGAGGUGUGGUUGACACACCACAGGCAAGCUUGCUCUGUCAGUGCUGAUUGUUAGAAGGUGAUUUUACAGAAGCCAUGAACUACGCUCGGUUUUUGACAGCUGUCAGUGCAGCUCGGAAGCCCUCACCUAUCCGAAUGUUAACUGAAAUCCAGCAAAGGUCACCCCCAUCCAUGAUCUCCUUGGCCGCAGGGGCUCCCAACCCCAACACCUUCCCCUUCCAUUCCUGCUCCAUCCAGGUGAAGAACGGGGAUAUGAUCACCUUCGACGAGACCAUGAUGAAGAGGGCUCUGCAGUACUCUGCCUCCAGCGGAAUCCCGGAGCUGUUGACUUGGAUGAAGGUCCUUCAGAAGAACCUUCACAACCCUCCUACAGCCAACUACAGCGCUGAGAAUGGCCAGAUGGACAUGUGUGUUACUACAGGCAGCCAAGAGGGUCUCUGCAAGGUGUUUGAAAUGCUUGUAAAUCCCGGAGAUAACGUUCUCCUGGACGCACCCACGUAUUCUGGAACUCUCGCUGCACUCCAGCCAUUGGGAUGUAACCUGAUCAAUGUGCCCAGUGAUCAGCACGGUAUGAUCCCGGGUGGGCUGAAGGAGGUGCUGUCCCGCUGGGACCCGGCAGAUGUCCACAAGCCGCACAGCACCGUACCCAGGGUCCUCUACACAAUCCCCAAUGGAGGAAACCCCACCGGGGCCUCCAUGACCACCCAGAGGAAGAGGGAUGUCUACGAGCUUGCCAGGCAGUAUGACCUCCUUAUUAUUGAGGACGACCCCUAUUACUUCCUACAGUUUGACAAGCCUUGGGCUCCCACGUUUCUCUCCAUGGACGUUGACGGGAGAAUCAUCAGGACAGACUCCUUCUCAAAGAUCCUGUCGUCAGGGCUGAGGAUAGGCUUUGUGACUGGGCCCAAGCCGCUGGUGGACAGAGUUGUGCUACACAUCCAGGCUUCUACAAUGCAUACCAGCUCCUUCACACAGCUCAUGGUGUCCCAGCUGCUGCAUGGCUGGGGUCAAGAAGGCUUCCUCAACCACGUAGAUGGAGUGAUUGAGUUUUACAGAACACAGAGAGAUGCCAUGCUCUCCUCUGCAGACAAGUGUCUCAAAGAUGUGGCAGAGUGGCACGCCCCUGCUGCAGGCAUGUUCCUGUGGAUCAAGGUGAAGGGCGUCGCAGACACCCAGAAGCUGAUCAUGGAGAAGGCUAUGGAAAAGGAGGUGCUGCUUGUCCCUGGAGGUGUAUUCAUGAUCAACAGCUCAGACCCGUGUCCUUAUGUCAGAGCGGCCUUCUCCCUCUCCACACCGGAACAGAUCGAUGAGGCUUUCAAGAGGCUCUCUGCACUCAUCAAGGAAUCUUUGUGAGGAGCACAUCAGAUACCAACUGGACGACAAACUAUUUUCAUUGGCAGAGAUGUUUUUUUUAAUUUUUACAAAUUCACUAGUUUUUUAUGUCGCAUGUACGGGAUACACCACCCAACAAAAUGGGGUCCUUCUCGACAAUGCAACAACCAUAAGAAAUAAUAAAAUAUAAAGAAUACGAACAUUAAUGGCUCGGUAGAAUAGAAGAAACGUUUUAGCAUAAGUUUAAUACAGGAAGGCACAAUUUAUAGUCUAUAGUAUUUACCAAUCAUAAUAAGACUUUUGUGUGUGUGUGUGUGUGUGCGCGCUCCGAUACCGUCUGCUGUGGGCCUUCCUCCGGCACCGCUUUGAGUAGAUGCCCUGGAAAAUUUUAGUGAGUUACAAUUCAUAUAAGAAAAUCAGUCAAUUUAAAUAAAUUCAUUAGGCCCUAAUCUAUGGAUUUCACAUGACUGGGAAUUGUCCCACUCCUCUUCAAUGGCUGUGCAAAGUUUCUGGAUGCUGGCGGGAACUGAAACACCCUGUCGUACAUAUCGAUCCAGAGCAUCCCAAAUAUGCUCAAUGGGUGGGUGACAUGUCUGGUUUGUAUGCAGUCCAUGGAAGAACUGGGACAUUUUCAGCUUCUAGGAAUUGUGUACAGAUCCUUGCGUCAUGGGGCCGUGAAUUAUCAUGAAACAUGAGGUGAUGGCGGCGGAUGAAUGGCAUGACAAUGGGCCUCAGGAUCUUGUUAUGAUAUAUCUGUGCAUUCAAAUUGCCAUCAAUAAAAUGCAAUUGUGUUCA